AUGUGUACGUACACCAUCCGUGCAUAAGCGUGUUGCAAAUUGUGCUGCUGAUGUUGAUAUCUCGAGUCUUAGUUAACGGGGUCAGUUCAUCCAUAGAAUGCUAGCGAACUCGAUAACUAAAAAGGACAAGAGAUGUUCAUUUCAUUUUUAAGUGUGAUCAUUUUAAGUUCCUGCUGAAUAAUCUAUAUCUCAUGCACGUAUAGUCCAGCUAAUUUUGCUAAAGUUAUCUGUCUACAGAAAGCAAAAUGAGCACAUUAAGCUUGCCUUUCACGCCACCAAUUGUGAAGAGGUUGCUUGGAUGGAAGAAGGACAAUUCGGAAGACAAAUGGUCAGAGAAAGCCGUCAAAAGUUUGGUUAAGAAGCUAAAGAAAACAGGAUGCCUUGAAGAACUUGAAAGAGCUGUAACGACGCAGAACAGCCAAACCAAAUGCAUUACAAUACCUAGAUCUUCAUUUGUGACGAGUGGAGCACAAUUUAUACCACACCCCCAUCCCAAAGCUGCAUCCCUUGAUGGGCGUUUGCAAGUGUCUCACAGAAAGGGGCUUCCCCAUGUGAUCUACUGCAGACUUUGGCGUUGGCCUGAUCUUCAAAGCCACCAUGAGCUCAAGGCUGUCGAACGUUGUGAAUAUGCCUUUCAUCUCAAGAAGGAUGAGGUCUGUGUCAACCCAUACCACUAUGCACGAGUUGAGACUCCAGUGCUUCCUCCUGUACUGGUGCCUAGAAUAACAGACCAACCGCUAGAUAUCCCAAGAACACUACCCCAUCUUGAUGACCUGACUCAUACAGUACCUGAUAAUGCUACCUAUUUGGUUGGAAUGGACACACAGAGUCCACAGACUCACACACUUCCUCCAGAAACCCCACCUCCAGGCUACGUGAGUGAUGAUGGUGAGACAAGUGAGCAGAAUAUGGAUACAUCAUCAACAAACGGCAGUAGUACAGCUCCACAGUCUUCAGAAUCUCUUGAUUUGCAGCCUGUGUCAUAUUGUGAGCCUCCAUUCUGGUGUUCUAUUGCUUAUUAUGAGAUGAAUCAACGAGUUGGUGAGACGUUCCAUGCAUCUCAACCAUCACUAACCAUUGAUGGAUUCACUGACCCAUCAAGCUCUGAAAGAUUCUGUCUUGGUCUUCUCUCUAAUGUCAAUCGAGAUCCUCAAGUUGAACAGACACGCAGACAUAUUGGUAAAGGUGUAAGGUUGUACUACAUAGGUGGAGAGGUAUUUGCUGAGUGUUUAAGUGAUAGCAGUAUCUUUGUUCAGAGUCCUAACUGUAAUCAGAGAUAUGGAUGGCAUCCUGCUACAGUCUGUAAGAUACCGCCAGGAUGCAACUUGAAGAUUUUCAAUAACCAGGAGUUUGCAGCACAGCUUUCUCAGAGUGUGAAUCGAGGUUUUGAGGCUGUCUAUCAACUGACACGGAUGUGUACCAUCCGUAUGAGCUUUGUCAAAGGAUGGGGUGCAGAGUAUCGACGUCAGACGGUCACCUCUACACCAUGUUGGAUUGAACUUCAUCUGAAUGGACCUCUGCAAUGGUUGGAUAGAGUUCUUACACAGAUGGUUCCUCCUGAUAAACAGUGCUCCAGCGUGUCUUAAGAUGGAGCCAUCCCUAUCUACUACAUCAAUUCUAGGUGCUAACUUGUACAUUGUUUGAUAGGCAGCUCUUCUUGAAAGACUUUACAGACUCUUUUAACAGCCCAUGUUAGGAGAUAACAGGGCUGGCUGGCUGGCUGGGGGGCUGGUAUGGAGAUGAGCUGAGCAUGAGCUGUAGAUAAAGCUUUUAAAGACAGACUUGAAGAGACUGGAGUUUGAUCAUAGAGAGAGAUCACCAGAAAGAAGAAGAGUUGGAGUUCAGACUGGUUAGAGAAAUGACGCUUGUCUUCUCAUUAUUGUUUGUAUCUUUUUCCUCUAUCAUACAUUUUGAUCUACAUGUUUGUAUGAUGUCACCUGUAUAUACCAGGAGGAUGGUAUUGACUUGUCAUCAAAAGGAGUCAUGAAAUCUAAAGGUACAGAACGAGAGUGUACAUGGCAUAUUGAAGCAACUUGGUUAUUAUCAUUGUCGUGUAAGGAUUGGUCAUCGUAUAAUGUUACAAUGGUAGUCAUUUAGAGGGUCCUUCCAAUUCAGUUUCUAAGAGAAGUUUCAAUUCAUUUAGGAAUUCUAAUGAAAUAUUACAAUGCAUUUUUAAAAAAAAUUAACUGAUUUUUGUAAAUUCAAAAUAUCUUGCCAUGUGCUGGAAAUAUAUGUACUAUGCUUUUUUUUUGGACUAAGAAUACGAAACAGACACAUGAGAACGCUAGUUGAAUGUGUCUCACUAAGUUUGUGUGUAGGUGAGUGGGCUUCAUCUGCUACUUUGCAGACUCUCAAUCUAUAGGCCCACAGUUAUUUAAUACAAAAAAGGAAAAAAGAAUUACUUGUUGAGAAUUCUGUCUAAGUUGGGACUGUAGUGGAGAGUAAGGUGACAAAGUGUUGAUAGAGAAAGAAGGCAGACAGAUGGCUAGUGAAUGAUCUAGCCAGCAAAUGUAAAUUUUGUACAUAAUUUGUUCUCUCUUUUUUCAGUAUAAAUAUACAAGCAAGCAUAUGUGUAUCUAUCUGAUGUGGAUAACUAGUUCUUUGUACAGGUCUGUUUAUCACAUGUAGAUGACCUUGGUUUUAUCAUGACAAGUGUAUUGUGGAUUUCUUGCCUAGAGAGAUAUUGUUGCAACUCUGACUGACUACAUGAAUAAAGUUUUGUUAUUGAGGAGAUCGGAUUUAAGGUUAGGAAAAACAUAGAAUAGGCUCUCUAAGAAUUCAUGCAACAUAAGUAAAUAUCUUAAAUAGUUGUGAGAUUUUGAAGUUACAUGUCAGAAGAGAAAGAAAGUAUCAAUCACUUGAUAGUCAGUCCCAGUGCCAAUGUGGUGAAUAUAUGGGCGGUGCUUAAAUACUUAUGCACAUGAAGCUACAAUCUGACUGAACAGAAUAUCACUUGGAAGGAACAUCACUUGGAAGGAACAUUUAACAAAUAUUCAGUCGGGUUGAUAUUGGUAUGCAUCUUAUGUUCAAAACAUUCAAAGUCUAAACGAUUCAGAUUUUUUUUGUUAAUAGCGUUGAUUUUUCUUCUCAAUCUCUAGCCAUAUUGCUUCCACAAUAAAAGAGUUAAACUGUAAUGCUUGAAUUAAAAAUAGAACAUAUGGACAGAACUAGCCUCUAUCAAAGUAGAAAGUUUUGUGUAAAACAGAAUAUGAUUCUAACACAGAGUGAAUGACCAUGAAUGUAAACUACUUUCAACCAAAUAAUGUGCUGCGGUGUAAAUUCUAGAUAACUUUCAAUAUAUUUUCGUGAAGAGAUAGAGAGAUCAGUGAAGAAAAAAGAAAGAAAGAUUUAAGAUAGAUAGGUUACAUAGUAAAUGAUAACAGAAAAUAUCUAUAAUCUAUGAAAAAUUGCAUAUUUAGGAAUAGAAAAUAUUUUUGUUAGAGAUUAGAUUGCAAAAAUGUAUUAAUAUGAGCAGCUGAAUGAGGGUGUAGCCUGGGUAUGAUGAGGGCGUAUCCAGGGCAUGAAUGAGGGCGUAGCCUGGGCAUGAAUGAGGGCGUAUCCAGGGCAUGAAUGAGGGCGUAGCUUGGGCAUGAUGAGGGCGUAUCCAGGGCAUGAAUGAGGGUGUAGCCUGGGCAUGAUGAGGGCGUAUCCAGAGCAGGAAUGAGGGCGUAGCGUGGGCAUGAUGAGGGCGUAUCCAGGGCAUGAAUGAGGGCGUAGCCUGGGCAUGAUGAGGGCGUAUCUAUCUCAUAGAUACAAUUGUCAUAUAUUGGGCAGGAUUGUACCAGAGCCAUCCAUUUGAAAUGACAUGACACAAGAUCAUUCAAGGUUCAGUGGGUGGGGCCAGUCAGUCAGUAACAGUCAUUAAGUGAAGUAGUUUUCUCACAAGAUGUGGUUUAUCACACCAAGUUUCACACAGAACGCUGCAUUUGUCAAACAAUGUAUAACCCCAAAAAGGACGCUAUUGUUUCAAAAUGCCUUCACAAGUUUGGCGUGAUAUUCUCUAAUAUAUUUUGGUUGAAUUAUUUCCACUUGGCUUUAUGCAUAGUUAAGCUAUAGAUGACUUUCAAAUUUGUCAAAAAAAUUAAGUUAACAACAACUUUUCUUUGACUGGAGACAACAUGGCAUACCUAUUACUAUCAAUGAUUAAUGCAUGCUGAUGUUUCAUAUCAGGCAUGAUAAGGGAUGGAUGGAUGGAUAGGGUAGUGAGGCUGAAAUAAAAAUAUUGCUGAAAACUGAUAACAAAAAUAUAAAUGGUCUGUAUGCAAGGGAUAGAUGAAUAGUUUUGACUUCUUAAAUUGUCCUCCACUUCAUAGAGCAACACUGAAUUGGACAUGAACAAUCUGAUCUAGUAUUAACAUUUCUCAAGCGUGGGUAUAUAGAGGGCAGCACACGGACGUACGCACGGGAGCAUAAUACCCAUUGGCUCAGUGUUAUGUAGUGAUCACCAAGUUGCCUACUUCACGAACCACUAUAUACCCACGCAUGAACAUCUUUCAUAUCUAGAAGGAAAACAAAAAACAAAACCACCCAACAAAUAAACAAACGAAUGCCACAUGUGUUGGUAAGAGAGUUUGGCAGUGAUGACAUGUAUUAUGUAUAUAUAUAUAUAUAUCAUAUAGACAAAUGUAUAAUGUAUGUUUGUAUACUGUGUAUGUAUGCUUUUUCUUUGCAGCAUUUAAUGAUAGUAAACAAGAGAAAAUAGUUACUUAGAUGUAUAGAGUCGCUUAGCGAAAGAUCUAUUUUAUUGUGGUGUACCAUAUGUCCCAAGUAAUGAUGGCACAUAGUGCUCAAAGAGGUGUGGAAAUUUAUCAAGUGUAUGGUGGAGAUGUUUUAGAGAUUGGAUGUAAAGAUUAACCAUACAGAAUCAUUUUGCAGACUGGAGCUUUAUUUCUUCAUCACAUUAGUUUAGCCCAUCUAUAUAAGUGAAAUGAAUAUGUAUAGUUUGGCUCAUUGCACUUUAUAUGUAGCGUGUAGUAGGACAGGUUUCUUUCUCUGUUUGCUCAUCUUGAAUGUGUGUCAGAGACACUUAUUGGAAUCCUGUCUGUCUGUCUGUUGAGCUCAAGUCAAACUUGGAAAUGGAAGUCAUUUAUACCAGUCAAUAUAUUCUUACAUCUGAGCUGUUUGCAAGAGAGGUGUGCUGCCAAUUGUGGCAUUUGCUUUUGUUACCUACAAUACUUACGCAUGGUCGUUGAGAACAUAAUCAAGACUUUCAGAGAUUGAGAAAGCUGCAGUAAAUUCCCAAACUCCCUGAUUGUAUUGAAGCCAAGCCAUGCUAGCGAUAUGAUGAUGAUUGAUUGAUGGGGCUGGUGAGUGGAACUCCAAAGUGUCUAUUUUAAGUGCCAUGGAUAUAGCUGAAGAUGAAUUCCACCAAAGAAGUAACAUCUGGCUUACAAAUAAAACUCUUUGUGUGCAGAAAGUAUGCAACAAAGUGAAAAGGAUACUUAGAAAAUAAGAUAGAGUAAGAUGCAUAAUCAAAUGCUGCCUGGUGUUUUUUAUCCAGUAGAGUUGAUAAAUUAUAUAUAUUUUUUCUUCUGAUUUUCAUAUUUUGUUGAUUCAAUUUGUAUAAUUGUGUAGCAUACGUGAAUCGUAGGAAGAGAGAGCAUUGAUCAUAUCUUAGUUAUAAGUCUGAGCAAAGAAUUAUUCUAAGUAUAUAAGUCCAUGUAUGAUAAAUUCUGUGUCAUAUAAAUGUUCUUUGAUUUUACCAUGUAACAAAAAAGCCUAAAUAAACUUAAACUUGUAUGUGCAUGCAUGAAGAAA